AUGGAGGAGCAGGUGGUGACGGAGCGGAUCCGGCGGAAGAUGGAGGAGGUCAACGCCACCGUGCAGCAGCACCUCGCCGGCGUCCAGGACCACGUCAACUUCACCAUGCAGCAAGCAUACUUCAAGUGCGCAUAUGACUGCUUUGAUCGGCGACGUACUCAAGAAGGGAUCAACAGCUGUGUGGAGAAUUGUAGUAUGCCUGUCCUUACCGCCAACAAUAUUUUUGAGAAUGAGAUGGCCAAGUUUCAGGAACGGUUGAAUCGGUCAUUGAUGGUCUGUCAAGACAAGUUUGAAGCAGCCAAGCUCCAGAAGUUGAAAACAGAUGCAACUCAGGAACUGGAAUCCUGUGUCAACAGAUCUAUCGAUGACAGCAUCAGGGUCCUCCCCCAUGUGGUGGAGCAGAUCAAGUCCACCCUCCAAAUCAAUUAG